ACUUUCUGUCUCUGUCUUUCAAGCCGACGUGGCCGCUCGCUCGGAAGCACGUAGGACGUCGCCGCAUCACAAUUUUCCUGCUUUUUCCCGAUCCGGUACCUUUCACCUGACGAAAUGGCCCCAAAACAGAGAAUGAGAAUCGCCAACGAGAAGGCCAGCAAGAACGUGACUCUGCGAGGAAACGUUCCAAAGACAACCAAACAAGAGAAUGAGAAAUACCCAGUUGGGCCAUGGUUGCUUGCCCUAUUCGUGUUCGUCGUUUGUGGAUCUGCUAUUUUCCAAAUCAUCCAGAGCAUCAGAAUGGCGUAAUCGGUGUGGUUUCCUUCUGAAAACAUUCAACAAUUGGACUUCAACGUGGACGUGACUAAAAUGAAGAACAAAUUCUGUACCGCCUGCUAUGUUGCAACUUCUCUGUCCACACAUCUACAAACAUUUUUUUAAAAAUACAGCACAAACUUCCUAAAAAUUUAUUCUUAAAUCAACUUUUGAUCAUUCCCACAAGGGUACGCUUUUGUUUCAAGGUUCUGGGGUGUUUUUGUUAGAAAAAAUCGUGCACUGUACCCUUUUCCAUUUUUGUAAUUAACAGUAAACGCCAGCUCGAUCACACACAGCUGCUCUGAUCCUGCUGUCUGCGCCCAGAUUUUAUCGCUAUUCAGUCCUCAUUAUUUAUAUACAUUUUUGUUGACAAUAUCAAUUUUAUGGUGUUUCUUGAUUUGUAACUUGGCUGGAAAUUAUUGCAUGGAGAUGGUAAAAUGCAAUAAAAUGUUAGGAAAAUUUGCAUAAAAAUAA